UGGGGGGGGUGAUAGCUGUUUCAUCAGUACUGUCAGUUUUUCUGUAGCUGCUCUUCAACUUCCUCAUUUGCUCGUCAGUACUGUUUCCUCUUUCACAUUGUGAUAUGAUUCGUUUUCAGCGCACAACUAUGGAUAAUUCUCCUCUGCUAAACUGCUGAAGAACACAAACAACACAAACCUGCACUUUACAAAGUAAUGCGGACGAACUCUGUCGCUGGGCUCAAGUAGUCUUCAUUCUUAAAGACCGCAUGAACGUUUUAGAGCCGUACGUGACGCUUGUGCAAGACUGCUUCAAUGUACUCCUGCCUGUUUUCUGCGUGAGGGUGAAAGAAGCAGCAGGCUGAAAACUUGGACAGUCAUGGGUAUCUCAGUGCAGUUGAGUGAGUUGUGUUGAGUGAGUGAGUGAUGUCGGGGGACAGCAGCACCCUGUCCUGGAGGAGCGUGUCUGAAUCCCCAGACAUGUCUCCAACAGUGGGUCCCCACAGGAACAACAUCUUCCCAGUGAAGAUCAUCAAAGUGUGUUUCCUCAGCAACAGUUCCAACAUGGGCAAGAACUUCAAACUGGUCCGCUGUGAGGAGGGAUGGAUGGUCAAGAAUGUCAUCAAUACGGUGCUUUCCAGUGGCUGUGUUGGUCCAGACAUAAAAAACACCCUCUGCUACGGCCUCCUUCUCAAACACCUCAAAUCCUCAGAGAUACACUGGCUGCAUCCAGACCUCACCGUGGCUGAGCUUACUCAACGCUACGAGCAGCAGCACCUAGAAGCUGAGUGGAGAUAUGACCUGAGGAUCAGAUACAUCCCAUCAGACUUCAUGGUAAAAUUCCAAGAUGACAGGACCACUAUGCUCUACUUUUACCAGCAGGUACGAAGUGAUUAUAUGCAGCAGUAUGCCUCGAAGGUCAGCGAUGGAAUGGCUCUACAGCUUGGUUGUUUGGAAAUCAGGAGGUUCUGCAAAGACAUGAAUCCAAACGGGCUGGAGAAAAAGUCAAACUUUGAACUACUUGAGAAGGAGGUAGGACUGGACCUGUUCUUCCCCAAAGAGCUCAUUGAUAGCAUGAAGGCCAAGCAUCUGCGACGGAUGAUCCAGCAGACGUUUCAGGGCUACUCGACUCUGAAGCAGGACCAGUGCAUGGUGAAGUUCUUCACCACUCUGGCUCAGUGCUACUGCUUCACACAGGAGAGUUUUGCCUGCCAGCUAGUGCAAGGCUGGAGCUUAACUAUAGACUUGAUUAUCGGCCCCAACGGGAUUAGUCAGCACACUGAGAACUCGACACCCAUCUGCCUGGCCAAGUUCUCUCAGGUCCGCAGCAUCUCCUGCACUGCAGAGAGUGACGGUCGAGCUCUGCUCACUGUGCACAUCGAGGGAACCAAACAGCCACUCUCAGUGAACACCUCCUCCCUGGCCAUAGCAGAAAACAUGGCUGACCUGAUUGACGGCUACUGCCGACUGGAAGGCACUGAGCGUUCACUCAUUGUCAGGCCCAGCAAAGGAAGAGAUACACGAAUGAAACUUCCUGACAUCCCAAAAUGUGGUGGUUUAAGUGCUCCCAGUAAAGGUUUAAAUUCUGAUAUUUAUGCUGAAAUCCCAGAAGAUGGUGGAUACUCAAGUGAAAAGCACAGGAUCUCCAGAGAGGAUUUUGCUGUGGGGCGGAUCCUGGGCGAGGGAUUCUUUGGAGAGGUUCACGAUGGAGUUUACAAAAGCCCAAUGGGGGAGAGGAUCCGUGUGGCUAUCAAAACGUGUAAGGACUGCUCAGCUGAUGUCAAGGAGAAGUUUCUCAGUGAAGCUGGCUUGAUGAAAGAUCUGGAUCACCCCCACAUUGUGCGUCUCAUCGGAGUCAUUGAGGCCGAUCCUGUCUGGAUCGUCAUGGAGCUCUAUGAACACGGAGAGUUGGGGAACUACCUCAUUGAGCACCAGUACACCCUGGGCACGGCUACGUUAGUCCUCUACUGUCUGCAGAUCUGCAAAGCUUUGGCUUACUUAGAGGGUCUCAACAUGGUGCACAGAGACAUAGCGGUGAGAAACGUCUUGGUUGCGUCUCCAGAGUGUGUUAAACUCGGUGACUUCGGCCUGUCUCGCUAUGUGGAUGAACAGGAGUAUUAUAAAGCCUCAGUGAGUCGAUUACCGAUCAAAUGGAUGGCGCCGGAAUCCAUCAACUUUAGACGCUUCACCACAGCCAGUGACGUCUGGAUGUUUGGUGUGUGUGUGUGGGAGAUCUUUUCAAUGGCCCAGCAGCCGUUCUUCUGGCUGGAGAACGGGCAGGUGAUCACCCAGCUGGAGGCGGGCGUUCGACUCCACAAACCGCAGCACUGCCCGCCCACCGUCUACUCGCUGCUCACCCGCUGCUGGGCCUACGAGCCGCACAGCCGUCCCACUUUCAGCCAGCUUGCCUGCUCCCUCAGUGACAUCCACAGGAUGGAGGUGGAGCUGGAGAGGGAUGAGAGGAGAAACAGACCACGUUCCAACUCAGUAUUUGAUCCCAACCACACAGAGCCUCCACCAAAGCCUUCCAGAACAACAGGCAGCACCCCCCCUCAAGCCUCACGCAUACAGGCACCCCCAAAAGAUCUCAGGCCAGCAUGGGAGAAAGAGAGAGUGGAGGAUACUUUACAAAGACAAAGAAAAGAAAUGAUGAUGGACAAACAGUGGCUGGAGAAGGAAGAGAGACAACUGGGUCCUAUGGUGGGACGGGAUCCACAAAUCAAGCUUCCUGACAAAAACCCAGAAAACAGUCCGCCACAGAAACCUCCAAUGCCAGCUGCACAGCCUCGUCCCACAGCUGAGCUGGACCGAUCAGGUGAUCAUGUUUACACCGGUGUCAUGGCGAUGGUGAAACAGGUGGUCCAGCUGAAGAAUGACGUCAACACACUGCCUGCCUCAGAGUAUCCCAAUGCUGUCAAGGCAGUGGGUAUCUCUCUCCGGAGCCUGAUUCAAAGUGUUGAUGAGAUCUCGCCCUCUCUGCACGGCUCUGUCAGCACAGAGAUUGAGGGCACAAAGAAACUGCUGAACAAGGAUUUAGGGGAGCUGAUCAAUAAGAUGCGACUGGCCCAGCAGAACGCCGUAACGUCACUAAAGGAGGAGUGUCAGCGGCAGAUGUUGGCUGCUGCCCACACGCUUGCUCUUGACUCCAAAAAUCUCCUGGAUGCCGUGGACCAGGCUCGAGUCAGGGCCAACCUGGCCAAGCCCAAACCUGAUGGAGAAGAUUCUGGGGAAUGAGGUGAAAGCAUUCUGGUUCCUUGUUGAUCAAAUGAACUUGAAGUUUGGCUUGAAUUAUGAAAGGGUGAGUCCCUUUCUUCAGGACAUGUGGAGGCUAUUCUGAUACAGCUCUGUCCCUGGGGGAAGGUGGUGUAUCAGGCUAAUGAAAGAUGUCAUAAUAUAUUUCUAUUUGCUCCUAAACAACUGAACUGAAAAGCUGAA